ACAAAAUCGAGAAACCGACCGAACAACAACAGAACAACUGAACAACCGAACGCGAACGCCGCCGAACGACGCGAUUUCCAUGCGUUUCGAAACGCCUGCGCAAACGGCUGCAAAAGCGGCGAAUUUCGAAUUUUACUUCAAGUGUUUUAAUUAAUUUUGUAAACUAUGGGAGACAUAUAAAAUACGUUUUUUUUUAAGUGACUUUUAAGGGUACUUAAAUCCUUUGUGUGACUUGGAAAACUAUUUAAAAUACCUUGAACUUUGUUUUUUUUUUUGUGUGACUUUUAAAAAUAUUAAAAAGUGUAACCAAGUGAUUUUGAAAACAAUCGAAAUUUUUUGUAUUUCGAAUUGUAUAAUUUUUGAAACUAUCAAACAGUUUUGAAUUUGGAAUUCGGAUGACUUAUGCUAUUGCAAAUUUUCCUGCUUAGUGAUUUCAAAAACUACACUUUUCAAGAUUGCAUUAUUUUUUUUGAGUGAAUAAAAUUUGUGACCUCUACAACUACAGAACAACUGAACGUUUUUUGAAAUUUGAUUACGAAUACGUGGUUUCCAAAAACGAAGGAUAUUUUGGAACUGCUGCAAUACUGGUUGUGAAUACUUGAAAGCAAAGAACCGGAGAUGUCUCCCCUGGCAACGAUCAUCGGUGGACUGCUGCUCCUGGGAAUCUCCGGAUUUCCGGGCUCACAGGGAAUCCCCAACGACGUGUACUUGAAGAUGUUCCCCCAGCAGGUGGCGCCAGAGGAUCCCUGCUACACCAAGGCGAAGGAGCCGCGCGUGUGCAUCCCGGACUUUGUGAACGCCGCCUACGAUGCCCCCGUGGUGGCCAGUUCCACGUGCGGGGCGUCCAGUGCCCAGCGGUACUGCGAGUUCCAGGAUCGCGAGCGGGACCUGGCCUGCCACACAUGCGAUUUGAGCGAUCCGCUUCGCAGUUUUCCGGCCCGCUCGCUGACCGACUUGAACAAUUCGAACAAUGUGACCUGCUGGCGGAGUGAGCCGGUCGUGGGCAGCGGCGACAAUGUGACCCUGACCCUGUCGCUGGGCAAGAAGUUCGAGCUGACCUACGUGAUCCUGCAACUGUGCCCCCACGCCCCGCGCCCCGAUUCCGUGGUGAUCUACAAGAGCUCCGACUACGGGCUCAGCUGGCAGCCCUUCCAGUUCUUCAGCUCCCAGUGCCGCCGCCUCUUUGGCCGUCCCGCUCGCCAGUCCACCGGGCGGCACAACGAGCACGAGGCCCGCUGCAGUGACGUCAACACGCGUCCGCUGGCCUCGAGGAUCGCCUUCAGUACGCUAGAGGGGCGGCCCUCCGCCCGCGACCUUGACUCCUCGCCGGUGCUGCAGGACUGGGUGACGGCCACCGACAUCCGCGUGGUGUUCCACCGCCUUCAGCGCCCCGAUCCCCAGGCCCUGCUCUCGCUGGAGGCCGGAGCGGCGGCGGACUUGGCCGGCGGCAAGUACAGCGUACCGCUCGUCAACAGCCCCAGCGGCAACAACAUUGAGGCGGAGGCGAGCGCUGCCGGCAGCGGCCUCCACUACGCCAUCUCCGACUUCUCGGUGGGCGGGCGCUGCAAGUGCAAUGGCCACGCCUCCAAGUGCUCCACGGACGCCACGGGGCAGCUGAGCUGCGAGUGCAGCCACAAUACCGCCGGACGGGACUGCGAGCGCUGCAAGCCCUUCCACUUCGACCGCCCCUGGGCCCGAGCAUCCGCCAAGGAGACCAACGAGUGCAAGGAGUGCAACUGCAACAAGCACGCCCGCCAGUGCCGCUUCAACAUGGAGAUCUUCCGACUUUCGCAGGGCGUCUCCGGCGGAGUCUGCCAGAAUUGUCGCCACGCCACCACGGGCCGGAAUUGCCACCAGUGCAAGGAGGGAUACUACCGCGACCCCACCAAGCCACUCACCCACCGCAAGGUGUGCAAAGCCUGCGAGUGCCAUCCGAUCGGGUCAUCUGGCAAGAUUUGCAACAGCACCAGCGGUCAAUGUCCCUGCAAGGACGGAGUCACCGGACUGACCUGCGACCGCUGCGCCCGCGGCUACCAACAGAGCCGCUCCCACAUCGCCCCCUGUAUAAAGCAACCGCCGCGAAUGAUCAACAUGCUGGACACCCAAAACACCGCUCCCGAGCCGGAUGAGCCCCAAUCCUCGCCAGGAUCUAGCGGCGAUCGCGGAGGCGCCUCCGGAACGGCCGCCCAAACCCAGUACUAUCGCACCGAGGGCGGCAGGGAAUGCGGCAGAUGCAAAGUCAGCACCAAAAGGUUAAACCUAAACAAGUUCUGCAAAAGAGACUACGCAAUUAUGGCCAAAGUAAUUGGUCGCGAUACGAGCAGCGAGGCGGCCAGCAGGGAGUCUCCACGGCGCGCAAUGGAUCCCGACGUGGCGGACUACGAAAUGGACCAGGAUCGUCCGGCGGAGUACGAGUUGCAGGCGGGGGCGGGGGCGGGGGCGGAGGCGGAGGGGGCGGACUAUCCCAGCGCCAACGAAGCGGUGCACUACGAUCUGCAGAUCCAGGCCGUCUUCAAGCGCAGCAGGCCAGGCGAAAGCAGCGGCGCGGGGAACGUGUACGGAAUGCCGAGUACAACGCUAAAACGCGGUCCUAUGACCUGGAUCAUACCGACUAAGGACCUGGAGUGCCGCUGUCCCAAGAUCAGAGUAAACAGAUCCUAUUUGAUCUUGGGUCGGGACUCGGAGGCACCACCCGGGUACCUGGGCAUCGGGCCGCAUUCAAUCGUUAUCGAAUGGAAGGAGGACUGGUACCGACGCAUGAAGCGCUUUCAACGGAGGGCGCGCAGCUGCGCGUAAUUAGCCCAGUCCCCAAAAAAACCCACUUCCUCUGUGUAGUCUCAAGAUUCUAGACCUAAGAAAUGAUUAAAAGCACGGAGUUGAACCGGAGAAAACAAUCAAAUCGUGUCGCGAUAAUAUUUUUUUUUUUUUCGUCAAAUUAACCGAUUUUGUAGCAGUUAAAAAUCAAACUAGCGGUAUUUAAUUUAUUUAAUUAACUUCAAUUGUUACAAAUCAAUCGGCUAUUGAUCAAUAGCAAUCGAACACACGAAAGUAUCUAUACAUGUAAUCUAUGUAACCUAUAUAUAUGACUUGUAUUAUUCGCUAAAUUAAGAUUCCUGUCAGCCCAGUUUAAGCAUUUGUGAACAAUUUACGUACUGGGGCAGUUUCAGCAAGCAAACGGAGCGCCAGUAAGCAAUAAUUUAUCUGUAAGAAACACUUUGAUGCAUGCACAACUCGCAAAGAAUCGUAAUUAAUAAAUAUUGUACAGA